GCGUCCCAAUUUCCGGUUCCGGUUAGUACCAGGAGCCGGGUCGAGAUGGAGGAAGAUGUACACCGAAGCUGGCAGUCGCCGGGUACCGCGGAUAGAUUGGGAGCUGCGGCCUAGCGGUCUGGGCGUGGAGUUCGCCUCAGGCGCGGCGGGACCUCCCUGUUCUGAGAAGGACUUCGGGCACAAUGGAAGACAAACGCAACAUCCAGAUCAUUGAGUGGGAACACCUGGACAAGAAGAAGUUCUACGUGUUUGGUGUGGCAAUGACAAUGAUGAUCCGGGUCAGCGUCUACCCAUUCACCCUCAUCCGCACUCGGUUGCAGGUUCAGAAAGGCAAGAGCCUCUACCAUGGGACCUUCGAUGCUUUCAUCAAGAUCCUGCGAGCAGAUGGUGUGACUGGCCUCUACCGGGGGUUCCUGGUCAACACCUUCACCCUCAUCUCGGGCCAGUGCUAUGUCACCACUUACGAGCUCACCCGGAAGUUUGUAUCUGAUUACAGCCAGAGCAACACAGUCAAAUCACUUGUGGCUGGUGGCUCGGCCUCUCUCGUGGCCCAGAGCAUCACCGUGCCCAUUGAUGUGGUCUCUCAGCACCUGAUGAUGCAGCGUAAGGGCGAGAAAGUGGGCCGCUUCCAAGUGCGAGGGAACCCAGAGGGACAAGGAGUAAUUGCCUUUGGCCAAACCAAGGACAUCAUCAGGCAGAUCCUGCGGGUCGAUGGGCUUCGCGGCUUCUACCGAGGCUAUGUGGCUUCACUGCUCACCUACAUCCCCAACAGUGCUGUCUGGUGGCCCUUCUAUCACUUCUACGCAGAGCAGCUCUCAUCUCUCUGUCCUAAGGAAUGCCCUCACAUUGUCUUUCAAGCCAUCUCAGGGCCCCUGGCUGCAGCUACGGCUUCCAUCCUCACCAACCCCAUGGACGUCAUCCGAACCCGAGUGCAGGUUGAGGGCAAGAGCUCCAUUAUCCUGACCUUCAGACAGCUGAUGGCAGAAGAGGGGCCUUGGGGCUUCAUGAAGGGCCUCUCAGCCAGGAUCAUCUCAGCCACGCCCUCCACCAUCGUCAUUGUGGUCGGCUACGAGAGCCUCAAGAAACUGAGCCUCAGACCUGAGCUGGUGGACUCGAGACACUGGUAACAGUGUGGGAGAGAAGCCUGUUUCCCACGCGACUCAGGAGGGGACAGAGCAGGGAGAUAGCACCCGCUCCAAGUGCCCCUACCACAUACCUAGCCCUGCCCUGGGCCAGGUGCCCUGGAGGGACAGGAACUGAGACUUUGAACUGCUCUUGCUGAAGAGGCUCCACACCUGCAUCUCCUGCCCCCAUUAUUUAGUUUUCCUACCCAACCGGGCUCCCUCACUCAGUCCCUGUACUCCAUCCUGCCCUAAGGAACCCACCCUCCCCACUAGUCCCAUUCCCGUUAACCCUUCUUCUGGUUUCCCUUUCCGUGUCCCUGAGAUCCUGGUAAGAGCUGUACAUAGAGCUUGCUUACUGCCACUGGUUCUUCCACUUGGGCCGUCAGCCCAGAUUCCAAGCAGUUUGCCAUCAGCCUUUUCCUGCUUCGUCUCUUAGGCUUAUUUUUAUUCUGGGACUGAUUUGCCCACCAGACUACUCUGCUCUUUCCUGCCACUGGGGGCAAGGUGCCAAGCACUUUUGCACAGGGAGUAGGCACAGCAAAAGCUUCAGAGUGCUCAUCCUCUCUUCGGAGUUAUUAGAUUGGGAGAAAUGUUAAUAUUUUAUUUUGUGUGUUUAUAUUGUUUUAACAUCUGUGAACCAGGUUACUGUCUUUGUCCUGCUAAAGUACCUAUCCAAUCCUGCAGUCAGAGCCCACCCUUUCCUCAGAAAAAUACAAUGUAGCUUUUCCUUCAAUCUCAGUUCCCUAUCCCUUCCAUGUCCCUGCAGUCCCAGGACUUACAAGCUGCUGGCUUCCCCUGGCCCAGACGAUGACAGUGGUAGGCACAAUUCUAAGUAGAUCAGGCUGCUGGGGGCACACGGGACUUGGAGCACUACCCUGAAAAGUCAGAUUGAGAGAGUAGCUGGCUUGGAUAGGCCAAGACGGGGUGUGUGCCCCAGCCCAUUUCCCAGACCAGCUGAGCCAGGCCUAGGAGAGGGCAGUUGUCAUACAUACAUAUCCCAAUCACUUGGACCCACGGAAACGAAUGUUGUCCCAGUCUCUGAUACGUGGAACUGUCUGUGUUUUCUUCUCCCCAAUGUGAAGUCAUCCCGGUCAUGGCACCCUCUCGUGUAGUGGUCGCCAACCAGUGGUCCUCGGAUCACUGCUGGUCCGUGAGGUCUGUGAGGUCCGAAAGGUUGGCGACCGCUGCUCGAGGGGGAUGCUUGGAAGAGAGCGGGUGAGGAAGUCACCCAACACCAGGACCACUACACACCAGCCUGAUACUGCCGAGGUUACCUGUUGAUGCUCUCGGGAGCUGAGUGAGGAGCGUUCCUUCCCUGCCUCAUCCGACCUUGUCUACCAAGCCUGUGUUGCAGGCGAGAGAGGUGCAGCAAAAAGGAUGAGAAGAAGGCAUAUCAAACCCUGCACUUGUCCUGGAGACAUGUGGCCAGGAUGAUCCUUCAAACCUUUGUAUUGGUCCCACCCCCUGGGAAGGGCCAUGGUGCCAGUUUGAAAGGUGCUAGCUACCUUUUGAAGCCUUGCUGUUUCUUAUAGCUGCCCCACAUUCUAUCGCCCUGGCCAGAUCAGAAUCUGAAAGACACAUUUUUCUACCUUCACCACUGACACUGCCCAUCUUGGUCUUUUAUCUUUGAGGGUUAUUUUCCCUUAUUUUGGUUUGCUUUUUCUUGCACUUUGUCAAGAUUCCUUCCCACCCACAAACGGUCAUCCAAAGGGUUAGGCCCACAGAUCAUUCUGAAUCUUCCUGCCCCUCAGUCACCCCUUUACCUUAAGAACCACUAACAUAACAGAAGCCAGCUUUCUUUCUCUGUCUUUUUUCCAUUGAUUU